AUGACAGGUACAUCGUCCACCAGCCACCUCCUUCCACAUGCCUCUUCAUCUGGCUGCACCGAUACUCGACGGAGCAGUGUUAUCUCAUCGACCUAUCGCUACUCUCUCACCGUUGGCAGCGUGCCACGCUUUCCCUCGGCCUCUUCGCGGUAUACUGUCGAUGAGCCGUCAAAUCGGGCACGGCCUACAUCCAUGACGACGUUUCCCUUUCCGCACCCGUCUCCACCCGUGCCUCGUUCAAAGAGCCUGUUGGAGCGGUGGCACGACCUUUUAACCGCCGUAUUUGCCGGGCCGCACGAGCGCCAGUUGCUGCGCGAGGAAGACGCGGAUAACACCACUGCGGCCUCGAUCAUCUCCACCAUCACCUCGCGUGCCAACUACGGCUCGACCGAUCCAUACGGGUAUCGCGAGCUGGCCGGAUCGCUGUUGCCCGAAUACAGCGCCGAGAUCGUUGCACGACGCAGGGAGAGACGCAGACAACGCGCACGCGCGCGCUUCGAGUGCAUGGCCAGCUGGACCAUCUACACCGUCUCCAUCCUCUUGGCCAUCAUCGUCGUCCUGCUGCUGUUUAGCUUCUACUUUCCCGACAAGCUCGACAUUCCAAAUGCAUAG